AGCAUUCAAAGAAGCCAAGUUAACUGGUAAACCAAUCUUCCUCUUGAUCCAUCGUGACUGGUGUCCAGCAUGUCAAGGUCUCAAAUCCAAAUUUUCAAAAUCCAUCCGAUUGGUAGAUCUAAGUACACAGUAAGUUAUGAAAUUUAAAAAUAAAACUUGUAUAUUAACAGAAAUUCUUCUUCCUAGAUUUAUCAUGGUGAACGUGGAGAACAGUACGGAGAAGUUAGGACGCGAUGAGAAGUUUCAGCCAGACGGAAAAUACGUACCUAGGAUACUGUUCUAUCGCCCUGAAGGAGAUCUCAUUAGAGAGGCAUAUAAUCGUCAUCCUAAGAAUGAUCCAAAGUAUCGGUAUUUCUACAGCAACUCUAGUCAGGUGGCAGAAACAAUGUUAUUCGUCCUGGAGAUGAUUGGGCAAAACGCGUUACCGAAAGUCCUAGUACCAGUCAAGAAGAAAAAUGACAAAACUUGGGUAAAACCUGACGACUCCUCUGACAAUUCUAUUAAGCCAACGAUACUUGAAUGAUAUAAUUUCUUAGCAACUAAUAUAUGUACAUAUAUAUAUAUAUAUAUUUACCUAAAUCCUAACAAGAUCUUAAAAGAGAAACAUUUUCAAACUAAAGUCUCCGUGCAAAAGUUUAAGGGGUCGAUUCCUUAUCCUUUCAGUCUUCAAGUUAAAGAUCAGAAUCUGCAGGAGUCAUGGUUAAAGAGAAAGAGAGAGAGAGAGAGAGAGAGAGAGAGAGAGAGAGGCGAUCGAAAUCGAGGGCGUCCCCAAGGAUCCCUUUGAUCCCGCAUAAGGAACACAAAGUUGUAUUAUUUCCACCGUCCGGCGUUUCAAACGGUUAGGAAUCCGCGAGGCGUGAAAAGCGGGCUGUUUCUCUCUCUAAUCUUUCUACUUGGCUUCUCUUACCUUCCUCGUCGCUCUUGUAUAUUUUCUUCUCUCUAGUUUGGAUCCAACUGGAUGGAGGAGUUAGGAACGAAUAGCUGCGAGCAAGAGAAAUAAAAGAAGAGAGAAAAAUAGAUGGCGGUGGAUCUAAAAAGAUGAAGUUGAAGGUUGAUAUAUAGUAUAGUAAAAGAAGGGGUCGUUUAAUGAUGUUGCCAAUUCAAUUUCUCUCCUUUCUUGUUGCGACGCCAUUGUUAUAAGAGAGGAGACCAAAAGAGAGAAACAGGAAUAUCCAACAAGAAUCCUUUCUCCUCCUUCCUCUUUCCUUUUUCAAGCUCCCGUACAUCGUCUAUAUACAUAGAAACCCAGGCGUUUUACCCUUUAUGUUUGUCGGUAAGGUAAAUGUUCUGCGGUGCCCUUUGACUCUUUUACUUAUUCUCUCGCCCUUCCGCGAUUAAAAAGGCCAGAACUUGAAGGAACAAUACUCUACGGCAGCUCUGAAAAAUUUCAUCAGAAUGUUUUAUAGCUAUUCGCUUGCAUGGACAAGAAACAGAAGUCUUUGUCCUCUUAAAGGUUUACCAUGGAGAUACCAAGUAUGCCUCGUGCAAGCUUUACAAAAAAUUGUACAAAUAUAUCAGUACAAAAUUUAAUAUCUGAAAGUAAAUAUGUAACACAGUAUGUGCACGGAGAGAAUUUUAUGCUAGAAAUUACUCUGUAAUCGUAGGACAUCAUAAAGUUAGUUAGACCUACAUUUGAAAUAAUAAUAUAACCAUAGUGAAGUAUUCUCCAGAUAACAGUAAAUUUUAUGAAGUCGUAUAGUAAAUUUUAAGAUAUUUUAAGAUAUACAUAAUUUAAUCAUAUUUUUUUACUGUUAAAUUUACAAGUUUAAAUAAACUCAAAUGUCCGACAUCGAUGUAAAAUUUUACGUCGAUCGAGGUCAAUCUGUAAAUAA